AAAAAGCAAAACUAAAUGAGAAAGAGAGGGGGGAAACAAAAAGAAAGAGGACCGCGCAUUUACAAUUCAAAUUUGGUGAAUUUUGAAGCUGUUGCUCACAACCCACACUCAACUCUCUCUUUCUCUCUCUCUCUCUAACACAAUGGAGCCACCACCUCUGAAGCUCGUGAUGGUCCAAGGCCCACGCCAGGGCGAAACCCUAGAAUUCCGACCUGGAUCCACUAUCAGAAUCGGCCGCGUGGUCCGCGGCAACAACGUCGCGAUCAAGGAUGCCGGAGUCUCCACCAAGCACUUCUCCAUCGAGUCCUCCUCGUUGUCCGGGUCGGGCAAAUGGAUCCUCCGCGACCUCGACUCCUCCAACGGUACCCAACUCAACGCCGCCAAGCUCCUCCCGGACACUCCCUACGAUCUCUGCGACGGCGACUCCAUCAAGAUUGGCGAGUACACCUCGAUCUUGGUGAAGAUCGAGGGCCACGAAGAGAGCCAGCUGAGGCGGAACCCCAGGCGCCGAGCCGCAGAGAAAGAUGCGUGGGGCCGGGGAGGUACGGUUUCGAAGGAAAGCGAAGCUAAGUGUGAAGAGAAAGGCGAGGAGUUGGAGACUGGGAAUCGAAGGAAGGGCCGGCCCAGGAAAGCUAGGGUUCUGAAGGGCGAAGGCACAUCAGAGGAACUCCGUGAUCGGGAGUCGGAGAAUGCGGGACCCGUGGAAGAGAAAGCGGCACGGCAACUGAGUACGCGGCGCACUCGCAGUGUGAAGAUUGAGGAACCGGUGGCUUCCGUUCCGAUACUCGUGACGAUUCCAGAGAAUUCCGGUGUUGAGUGUGGUCGGGAGUCGGAGAAUGCGGGACCCGUGAAACAGAAAGCGGCACGGCAAGUAAGUACGCGGCGCACUCGCAGUACGAAGAAUGAGGAACCCGUGGUUUCCGAGCCGAUACUCAAGACGAUUCCACAGAAUUCCGGUGUUGAGUGUAGAGAAUUGGAGAUUAAGGGUAAGAAGACGCGGGGCAGGGCGAGGAGGAGGAAUAUAGGUUAUGAGGCGCCAGAUUGCGCUCGAGCCGAUGCUUUGGAGGAUAAGGAGAAUUUGGAAGAAAAGAAUAGAAUUGAUGUCGAUAACGGCGCGGCGAUGGUUUCCGAUCCGAUGCUCGAGACGAUUCCAGAGAAUUCCGGUGUUAAGUGUGGAGAAUUGGAGAUUAAGGGUAAGAAGAAGCGGGGUGGGGCAAGGGGGAAUUUAGGUGAUGAGGCGCCAGAUUGCGCUCGAGCCAAUGCUUUGGAGGAUAAGGAGGAUAAGGAGAAUUUGGAAGAAAAGAAUAGAAUUGAUGUCGAUAACAGCGUGGCAAUGGUUUCUGAUCCGAUACUUGAGAUAAUUCCAGAGAAUUCCGGUGUUGAGUGUGGAGAAUUGGAGACUAAGGGUAAGAAGAAGUGGGACGGGGCAAUGGGGAAUUUAUGUGAAGAGGCGCCAGAUUGCGCUCAAGUUGAUGCUUUGGAGGAUAAGGAGAAUUUGGAAGAAAAAAAUAGAAUUGAUGUCAAUAACAGCGCGUCAGUGAGUGGAGUUGAUGAGAAGGUGGGAAAUGGGGCAGAUUCUGGUGUUAGAGAGGAGGGGCUGGAUUUGGAGAAGAUGACGCUCGGGGAGUGGUUUGAUUAUAUGGAGGUGCAUUUGCCGAAACAGAUAAUCGAUGCAACUGAGGAGAUGAUUGAGGGUAUGAGACGGAAGGCCGAGCGGGUUUGUGAGUAUAUGGAGGAGCAGAGGAAUGAGAAGGGCAAAGUGCCGGUGGGAUAGAGGGCGGAUCGGUUUGGUUUAUGUGGUAAUUGGUAGCUUAAUUGGCUUGAUGUUUUGAAUUUAUAUUGUGGAUUAUCUGUGCAAUAUCUGUGAAUGUGAUCAGAAUUGUCUC